AUGCUGGGCAGUCUUGGAAGUACGCUGACCAAGUCGACCAUUGACGACUUUUAUCUCAAGCUCGGCAAGAACCCUGAGAUGGAUGAACUGUCGUUUGAUGAAGGUGUCCGUGUGCUGGAAGAUGCAAUCCGCAAGCCACGCGCAGAAAGGCAGACAGAAGACCGUGGUUCCGACAGUGACAGCGACGACGCGACAUCGUUCUCUGGGGAGCGGCCUGUCGAACGAGUGGUCCGCCUGCGUUCGUGCCCCCUUUGCAACAUGCCCAAUCUGGCGCGUGUCGAUGAGAUGGACAUUCUUACGCAUCUUGCCCUCUGUGCCUCGCGUGACUGGCACCGAGUCGAGGACAUUGCCAUGUCUCGUUUCGUCACUGCGAGUCAGGCACACCGGAAAUGGUACACAAACGUGAUUACCAAGCUCAGUCAAGGACACUAUCAAGUUGGCGCAAACAGUGCCAACAUCCUUGUCCAAGAACGUGAUUCUGGUGCGCUGCUCGAAGAAAAGAUGCAAGUGUAUGUCCGACUUGGCAUCCGGCUGUUGUACCAAGGUGCACGCGGUCAGAUGUCGGGCGCACGCAUCAAGCGCAUGCUACACAACAUGUCGGUCAAGCAAGGCGUCAAGUUUGAUGCGCCGGGUAGUACGCGCUUCAUUGCUCCCUUCAUUGCUUUCCAUGGAAUCAAUACAGAGGAGAUGGUGGAUACGGUGGACCAGUUUUCGACCUUUAACGACUUUUUCUGCCGCAAAAUCAAGAUGGAGCUGCGCCCGAUCGACGAGCCCGACAAUCCCAAUGUCGUGGAGCGCGCGACGCAGCUUUGGGUCAAAGGCCGAAAAUUCACGGUCGAAAAACUCUUGGGCCCUCGGUACGGCGACGAGGCAGCAGGUCGUUCGCUGUCUAUGAUCAUUUUCCGCCUUGCGCCCCAGGACUACCAUCGUUUCCAUAUCCCGGCUGACGGCACGAUUGGCACGCCUGACUGGGCCGAUGGCGAGUACUACACGGUGAAUCCCAUGGCCAUUCGCAGUGCCAUUGAUGUCUAUGGCGAGAACAAGCGCGUUGUUGUCCCACUCUACACGAAGGAGUUUGGCACUGUCUACAUUGUGGCUAUCGGCGCGAUGAUGGUGGGGUCCAUCCUGCUUUCGGUCAAGCCUGAAGAGCAAGUGCGCCGCGGCGACGAGCUCGGCUACUUCAAAUUCGGCGGGUCCACCCUCGUCCUGCUCACCGACAGCCAGAAGCUUAAGCUCGAUCCGGACCUCGUGACGAACGGUGAGGCGUGUAUCGAGACGCUGGUGCGUGUCGGUAUGCAUCUCGGUCGUGCGCGCGACGCGCCGCACAGACCGCUCGUGGGGAAUGUCACGCGUGACUCGACCGACGCCAAUUAA